AAACAAAGUGUUUCCGAAACGCGGUUAGAAUUCGUCCUUCCCCAUUUUCCUAAUUUUGCGCCCAAAUUUGAUUUCUCUUGAAAAAAAACCCUAAUUCCAAAAUCGUGCUACGCCAAGGAACCCUUCAUUCAAUCCUGUUGCUACCAAGGUAGAAAUAUUUCAUCAGCGUUUUCCGUUUCUCGAAUUCUCUCUUCUCGUUAUAUUUGGGAAAUUAGCAAAUUCAUCGUUAUCUGAGAGCUUUUUCAUGCGACUAGUUUAAUUGAUCAAAUAAAUUCAUUUCGGUGAUUACGGAAUAUUUCCGAUUCGACGUAUCAGCUUCCCUCCUGUAUUUUCAGUGCCCUGCCUCAUUUGAACCCUAGAGCGAUCCGUUUAAUCGAGCAAGCAGAAGGAUGGCGAUUGCCAGAACUGGUGUUUUUGUAGACGACUAUUUGGAGUAUUCUAGCACACUGCCGGCGGAGCUUCAGAGGCUUCUCAAUACCAUUCGAGAACUGGAUGAACGUUCACAAGCCAUGAUAAACCAUACAAGGCAGCAAACAAAGUAUUGUUUGGGUUUGGCAUCUCAAGGGGGUUCCUUCUCCACGAAGAUGGAGGACGAUGAGUUAUCUGAAAAGCUGCGAAAAGAAAUUGAAGCAAACCAGGACAAUGCCUUUCGCCUCUGCACUGAGAAGGUUCUACUUGCCAGACAAGCUCACGACCUUAUUGAUAGUCACAUAAAACGUCUUGAUGAGGAUUUGAAUAACUUUGCAGAAGAUCUCAAACAAGAAGGAAAAAUAGCACAAGAUGAGCCAGCUGUGCUUCCUCCAUUACCUUUAGUCCCUAAAGGUGAAAAACGCAAGCCACCAUAUGGAACACCUCAAUCGAAGAGGCUUGAUUACAAGGAGAGAGAUUGGGAUAGGGAGCGUGACAGAGAUUUUGAGCUUAUGCCUCCUCCUGGAAGCCUCAAGAAAGACUUUGCUUCACCCGUUGAACUUGAUCAACCCAUUGAUCCAAAUGAACCUACUUACUGUGUCUGCCAUCAGGUAUCUUUUGGAGAUAUGAUUGCAUGUGACAAUGAAAACUGCCAAGGAGGUGAAUGGUUUCAUUAUGCAUGUGUUGGGCUUACUCCUGAGACUAGAUUUAAGGGAAAGUGGUAUUGCCCGACGUGCAGACAGGUACCACACCACUGAAGAUGCAUGUAAAUUGCUCUACACUUUGACAAAUUCAAUCUACCUAAAUAAGUAGCUGGGUACUAGUAUAUUAUUAUUGCCUCCCCAACUUUUGCAACGAUUGUAAUUGAUUUUUUUUUACCGCACUGCACUGCACUGCACUGCGCUCCCUUCCUCCUUAUUGCUAUACUGUUAUUAUGUGUCUAUCAUUUGAAAUCACAGCAGCCUCUUGUUUAUCAUCAAAGUAUUUUGUUUUUA